AUGAAUAGCACGACGAGGCUACAGCUCCCAAGUGACAGCGCAAUGAGGCAACUGGUUCGAAGAGCAAGAAGAAUCGGUCUUCCACGCGAACCGGACUGCAUCGAUGAUUUAGUGCUUGGUGACGACCACAGGCGCUCGCUACAAGGGAAGUUAUUUCUGCGCUACGACACCAUCUGCGACGACGGUUCGAGGGUCAUUGUGUUCUGCACAGACGAGAACUUGGCGUACCUUGAAUCCUCGACAACGUGGCUUAUGGACGGUACAUUUAAGACUGUGUCUAGGUUGUUUGAGCAAUUGUACACGAUCCACGCUUACGUGCAAGGGUCUCUCUUCCCUUUAGUGUACUGUCUGAUGUCGCGGAGAACGCAGCUAGCUUACCAGCAGCUUUUGCGCGACGUCGUUGACCUCGCGGCAGAGCAGCAAAUAUUGCUGUCGCCAAGAGCUAUUGUUGUGGAUUUUGAGGUUGCAGCCAUCAAUGCUGUUCGGGUGGAGCUGCCUGAUACCAACGUCCAUGGGUGUUUUUUUCACUUGUGUCAAAUAGUGUGGCGGAGGGGUGCAGCACCUGGGAUUGUCAAGACUGUACGUCGAGAACGUUGA